AUGUACACCCUCGAUACGACGGACUGUUUCCGCAUCACACCCACAUCCGAUACGUACAUUUACGAUAUCAUACCCACCGAAAAGGGCAUUGUAACCAUCUCUUCUGACAAUAGCUUGAGGUUAUUGGACCCACUUGCUCUCAAUACGCCACUAAACACAAUAAAAAAUGUCAACGCAGAAAUAACUUGUGCUACAGUCAUCCGAGGCGAUGGAGAAUCUAGCAGUCUUGUGGGAACUGCAGGAAGAGAUGGAAAACUUACCCUUAUCGACUUCAGGUGCCAGAAGAUUGGAGAAAUCUCAACUCAAGGAAACGCCGCGAUAUUAGCUUUGGCUUCGUUCGGCAAUGCAAUCGCCGCUGGGACAGAAUUGACAAACCAUCAGGCCUCUGUGAUUAUGUGGGAUGCCAGAAACCUCAGCGCGCCUGUUGUUGAAUACGUCGAGAGCCACAGCGACGAUGUCACAGAAGUUCAGUUUCAUCCGAGUAGACCGCAAAUCCUACUUUCAGGCUCAACCGAUGGUUUACUCAAUAUUUAUGACACUACAGUGUCGGAUGAGGAGGAUGCUUUACACCAAACCAUUAACCACGGCCACUCAAUACACCGUUGCAAUUUUCUAAAUGAUGCAGACAUUUUUGCACUAUCCCACGAUGAACAAUUCUCUCUGUAUGAGUUGAUGACAGAUGUUGGGGAGGGAAUUGAAGAGCCGGCCGCUGUAAGUUUUGGAGACAUGAGAGAGCUACUGGGUGGGGAGUACGCUGCCAAUGUUGUAAGGAGAACUGACGGGAGUGCUGUGCUGGGAAUUGGAAGUCAUAGCCGGGAAAGUUUUGAUCUUAUUCAGCUAAGAAAGCAUUCUUCAUGGAACUUCGUACCCGAAGAGAGAGUAAAUCUAACCGGCGCACAUGGAUCUGAGAUAGUACGGUCGUUCUGUUUUAUGGAUUCUCAUAAAACUGUCCUGACGGCUGGUGAGGACGGUCAAGUCAAGGCUUGGGGGAGCGAAUGA